AUGAUUUUUUUAAAUAUGAGAGAGCAUAUAGAAAAUUAUUAGUAUUACAAUUUCGUUCUUUAAUAUUGUCAGAGUUUUUUACAGUUUAGAAGAGAGAAAUUCUUCCAUUUUCAUCAGAUACACAUGAUCCUUGUACAUAAUGGUUAGAAAAUUGUAGAAUUAUGUGAUAAAAAUAUGCAUAAAUAAUAAUUGAAAGCUGGAUUAUUAUUAAGUGCACUUCCAGCUGUAAAUAAAUAAUUUAAUGAACUUAAAAAAGGAUCUAAGACAACAAGAAUGAAUUAUGAAACAUCAUAAGAGAAAUUUUCAAUAUUACCAAGAUUAAGAUUGGAAAGUUUUGAGAAUCAAGUAUUUUAAUUGAUAUCAAUGAUGAUAGAAUGUUAAGCAAUAUUUUAAGAAGAGGGUAAAUAAUAUUAUUAAUAAUUGAAUAUUUAAUUAAAUAAGAUGGAUUAACCAUAUUAAGUAACAAAGUAAUUGAAUGUAUUUUAUAGUAAUUUAGAAAGAGAUUCAUUAAAAAUAAUGACAUUAAAUAAGGGAUUUGCACAUGAGAUAGCAGAUAGUGAUUUAGAUAAGCAUUUAAAUGAUUUCAAUAAAAGAAUGUUAGAUUUUAAUAAAUAAAAUUAUCCAAAUUAGAUUGUAAUAAAAAAUGAAUCAUUAUAAAGAAUGUAUAAUUAGAAAUCAAUAGAAUUACGAUUUGCAAUGAAUAAGAUAAAUUUAUAUGAAUCUAAUAUUAAUCAUAUAGUUGAGAGUUUAGUUGCAUAAAGAACAAAUGAUAUAAUAUUUGAAAAUGAUGCAUUAAAGUAAUAAAUAGAAUAGUUAAUGAAGAGUUUUGAUAUAGAGAAGUAGAAAUUGAGAGAUAAGAUUAAGGAGGAAUUUAGUGAAUAAAUUCGUACUUAAGAUGUAUUUAUAUAAUAGAUGUAAAAUCGAUUUUAAGAUUAUAAGAGAGGUAUUUCAAUGGAAAUGACAAAUUUAUAUAGGAAUAUAAGACAGAUGGAUUGAAGAGAGUGAGAGAUAAAGCAUCUGAAGCUUUAUUUGGUUAGGUUAAUAAAUUGAAUAUAGAUUUAGAUGUUGAAUAUUAGAGAGUAGGAGUAUAUGAUAAAUUUAAAGAAGAUAGUGAAUAAAUUAAUUCAUUAUUUUAAUCAUUAAAGAAAUUAAGAACAUUUUAUUUAUGGAAAGAGAUGUGUAUAAGAGAAAAGUUUGAAAAAUAAAUAUAAAUAAUAGUAGCAGCUAAUUCUAGUAAUGAAGAAUUAUAAUAAAAGAUUUAAUAAUUAACAGAAAAUGUAGAGAUUCUUAAAGAUGAAUAGAUUUAAAAUAGAAAGAUUAUUACAAUAAUGGAUAAUUAGAAUUAAAUAUUAAGAAGAGAUCUAUAAAAAUUAAAGAUAGAAAGAUUUUAAGCAAUGAGAGAAAAAGGUUAAUUGGGAGCAAUAGCUACAUAUUAAGAUUAAGAAUAAUAAUUAGAGGAUUAAAGAAAAUAAAUUGUAGAAGCAAAAAAAGAAUAAUAAUUUAAAAAUUCAAGACCUAUUACAGCAUCAUCAAUUGCAAGAUCAAUAAAAUCAGCAUAGAAAGUUUAGAAAUUAUCUACCACUUAAAGUGUACCAAAAUUAGGAACAUCUUAAAUGAUGUCAAAUUAGAAAGGAACUUUAACAAUGAAAUAUAAAAUUACAUCUUGA